UUGAAAAGCAUGAAUGCUCAUUUGUAAUUUCACUUGAACUUUCUUCUUAUAUUAAAUUUAUUGCAUACAUUGAUUCAAUAUAAUUUUAAAUGGGAAGUUUAGAUGAAGCAUCUAAAACUGGCUUUUUAUGCAGAUUAUGUUCCGAAAUGCACAAACAUGUUAUUCUUAUCUACAGCGAUAAGGGUAUUUCCAUGCAGCUAGCACACAAAAUCAAUAACAAUCUUCCAGUGACCAUAUCUCCGACAGAUCCUUUGCCCAAAACAAUUUGUUUAUCUUGUAUUCAACAAUUGGAAGCGACAUGCAAACUGAUAACUCAGUUGCAAACAGUAAGACAAUUAUUAGGAAUGAAAAAGCAAGUUAAGCCAGAAAAUGAACGUUGUGAAACAGUACAUUAUUUAAAUAAUGCAGCUUUGGAUUCAUCAGAUGAAGAUUCUGAUGCCAGUGAAGCAUAGCAUUAAAAAUGAUAUAUCGAUUUAAGUAUUAACAAAGAAAACAAUUGGAUUAAUUAAAUAAACAAC